AUGAUAGACGAAUCUGGCUUGGAUCAUCUCUCGAGUCACUGCCCUCAUCUAGAGCAGUUGUCGCUCUCCCUUUCGUCUCUCACUGCACUCUCCUUUGGAACCCCCUCCCUUUACUUCAACCAGAUUUCCAGCCUCCUUCACCUCACCAACCUCACCCGCCUCUUCUUGCCUGUAAUGAGCCGUUUUCUUCAACAUACGCCUGACUUCUCACUCGCACAGCUACCUUCUCUCGAGUCACUCAGUUUCGGACUACGGCUUGCACAGUUUAGCGACUUUUUCCCGCCCCAUUCUCAAUACAGUUCCUUGAAGCGGUUGCAGCUGAACCGUUGCUACAUCGGAGAGCGCCUUCCAAACAGCUUUGAAGAGAUGCUGCCACGCCUCCAAGAGCUCAGCAUCAGCAACUGGAGAAGCUUCAGCGGUCUGACUGAUCAGUUCACCUCUCUGGCCUGCCUGGAGAGCUUGACCAUUUCCUCAUGCGAUGUCGAAGAGCUUGAUCAGUUCUCCACUCUGCCGGAGAACUUUGGGGAUCUUCCAGCCUUAAAGUCGCUGGUGCUUCACAAGCUGCCGCUUUGCCAUCUCCCUGCGUCCUUCACCAGGCUCGCAUCUCUGGAGACGUUUCUUCUAGUCGGGUGCGAGGAGAUGGAGGAGCUACCUGCAGGAUUUGGGUUCCUCUCAGCCCUCCGAACUCUCUCUCUUGUGUGCUCCCCGACCCUGAAGCUUCCAGAAGACUUGGGGGGGCUGACCAAUCUUCAAACCUUCCAUCUCAAACAGUACCGUAAAGAGCAGCUGCCGUCUUCGUUCUCGCAGCUGGCGUCGCUGACCAGGUUGGAGCUGGAUCAGUGCAGCGUUGGUGGGCUUCUAGAGGGAGUGGGGGAGAUGGCAAAGCUGCAGGAGCUGUUCAUUCAGGACUGCCGUGACAUUACAGAGAUUCCAGAAUCUGUGUCAGGCCUUGUCAGCCUUCGGGUGCUCGUGAUAGUCAGAUGUGCCAGUCUCACUUCGGUUCCCCGGAGGCUGGACAGCCUUACCAGGCUCACGCAGUUGGAGGUGAGGGGAUGCGAAGUGCUGAAGGAAGCCCCUCAGGCUCUGCCACUCAGUCUCCAGGCUCUGUCUUUUGUAAACAAUGAGGAGGUGGUGUCGCUGCCAAGCAUUCCCAGACUUGCAGAGCUCCGAACAUUGCACUUGGGCAUUGUCGGGGCGAGAUGUCUAUUGGGCAUCGGGUACCACCUCUCUGCUCUGGAGCACCUGGAGCUGGCGCUGGGAGAAGAUGCAUACGAGUUUCUGUUUGCAUUGACAAGGCUUUCUCGCCUCCGCACCUUGACACUCAAGGAGGUUCGCAGCUUGAACAGGCUGGUGAAAUGUGGUGGCUCGGCAUUGCAGGAGCUACGGCAGCUGAACAUCCAUACCACAUGUGAUGAACUCACAGAGCUGCCUGCGGCCAUCACCACUCUCCACCACCUCACAUCCCUUCGGAUCCUCUCGCCAAAGUUAUCUUCCCUUCCAGAUUCCUUGGGGGCGUUCUCAAGGCUGCGCAGGCUGGACUUAUCCAAAUGCUUAUCGCUCAUGCAUCUUCCGGGUUCCCUCACACAGCUCUCCUGCCUGCAUGAGCUGAACCUCAGCUGCACCAGCAUCCGGCUGCUUCCUGCUGACUUUACUCAGCUCAGCAGACUCAAGAAGCUUGAACUCUAUGACUGUAAGCAGCUGGAGGCUCUGCCUGACGACAUAUCGCAACUCGCAAUGCUCGAUUUGUUUUCUACCGUAUUCUCCCGGACAUAA